UGAUUUAAAAAAAGUUCUAUUCUAGAUAAAUGUAUGUGAUUACUUGAAAGAGGAGAAGACAUGAUUAAAAAAAGAGGGGAAGACAUAGCCCAGUGGUAUAGAAGUUCAACAUACAAUAAUGGUGUGUAAUUAGAAUCUGUAUAGGCCAUGUUUGUUAAAUGACGUUUCAGUCAAUUUUUGGCUGGUUUGACCGAAUUCAGCGUUUUCUGUCGGUCAAAACGCUAAAUUUAGGUGUUUGGUAGAUGGCGUUUUCAUCCAGCUUUUUCAUCUGAAUCGCUAAAAAACGAAAAGCUGCAAAGUGCAGCGUUUAAGAUCAGCGGGUUCUACACACGCAAUUAAUUUUCGAUCUUACCCUCCCUUUUCUCCACUUUCGCACCUUACCGUUCUUCUUCAGGUAAAUUAUCCCAAGCUUCUGCAGACCUUCCCUCUUUUAAACAAAAUCUCUUCCUUACCUUUUCUCACCCAGAUACAACGCCGACUCCUCCCCUGGCAGAUGGGUUGAUCCGACCCGAGAAAGAUCAUCUUCUCCGCCAAGAUGCGCCUGACUUUGAUGCUCAUGGAAGAGCUCUGUGAAUACUCUGUGCGGGCCAUUCUUACUGUCGUUGUGGUGUUUGAGUUCUAAUAGUAGGAAUUUGAAGAGAAAAAUGGAAUGAACAUCAAGACAUGAGUGAGAUUUCUUUCACACCGAGCACUCUAGAUUGCCAAAAAGCCACCACGUGAGGAGCCAGGUGGUGAUGUUGUCGGGCGAUCUAUGGAACCAACUGUCAAAUCCUGGAAACCUGAGAGGGGCACUUAACCACAGCUGCAAAGGAAAAUUUGCUCGUGAUCGGCUUGGAGGUAAACCACACCGAUCAUACUAUGUGCAUGAACCCGACACAACUUGAUGCUAGAGUGCAGGCGCUCCUUGAAGCCACCCGUGCUCUAGAGGUUUUGGCUCAAGGGUUCCAUAGGUUGAUGCCGCAAGAAGAGAUGCACAAGAAAUCGAGCCACGCCACUCCUGUGGACAUGGAGACGUCCUCUGGACCACAUGAAGGGAAACAUACCAGCACUGACGGAUCACACAAGGAUCGGAGCAUGUGUCCUGAUGAGUUGACCAAUCACAGCAACCGAGAAGGAGGGCCAACCAACAACACUCUCCAUGCGAAGAAGAGAUCAAUUCUUCUCACCGCUCCCAUCGACCGAGUGGUUCAGUAUGGACAAAACACUAUAUAUCAUGUUACCUUUCAUCUAUGUUAAUGAUUGGGUAUGAAGAUGUCAUAUGAUACAAAGGAUACAUUGCUACGCUAGACGGCUCAUCUCGGUUAUGGUACAAUAUUAUACAUUGCUUGACAGAAGCAUGGCAUAUAUGGCCAAGCAUUUCCUCCUGAGGGUUUCUAACUCUCGGGAUGUUAAGAAGAAUUGUAGCCAUCUGUUCAACCUGAAGCAGGAAAGAAGGAAGCUUUGUCAGGUUUUUGAAAAGGUGGAGAACCGAGUCCAUUAGGGUUCAAGUCCUUGACGAUAAGACCAUAGUGACCAUGUUGAUCAAUUUCACCUUCUCGGGUGAGCUCCAUAAGGAUUUCUUAGGAAAUCCACCCAAUAUGUACGAGGAUUCCUUAGCCACUAAGCUAUUUAUGACGAUGGGCGGCGAUAUGGCAUACUUACGACAAACCUUUAUGAAAGUUUUAAUAAUGUGUUAAAGGAAUGUCACACUUUACCUAUCACCUCACUCAUAACCGUGACGUUCAAUAAAGUCGUCAAUCUCUUUGUGGAUCGACAUAACAUUGGACUUAUGUGGCAGCAAACUAGUUUCUUAUAUCCACAAAACAUUUGGAAGGAGGUUCUAAAGCGGUCUCUACGUAGGAAACACAAUAAUGUUAUCGUGCACAACCAGAUUUAGUGUGUGGCCUUACGUGGACAUGAACCAGUCAAGGUGGAACUGUUGCAUUGCGAAUGUGACCACUGGAAGCAAAUGAGAUGUCAUGUGUUCACGCAUAUCCAUUUGUCAUUUCAUCGGAACGUACGCUACAAAUAUUAUACUGACUCAUGAUGUUAGUGUCAUGCCAGAUAAUGUCUACAUAACUACAUUACCGCCCAAGAACUGUAGAUUCGCUCCAAGUGAUGGACUGCAAAGAACAAGAUAUCAAAAUGAAAUGGUUUUGCAUCGAAUGAGGAGAGAGCAAGAGUAGUUAUUUCUGUUUGAAUUAAUAAUAUGUGUUUUACUUUUAUCUGUAUUAGAUUUGUCUACUUAAAGUUUAUAUUGCCAUUCAUAUCUACAUAUUGGGCCUUUAAUCAGA